AUGGCGGCGCCUCUGCUCCGGGGGGAGAGCCGUACGGGCCGCGGUGCGUUGUGGGAAGAGGAGGCGGCAGCCGGCCGUCGCAUCAAACGGUUUUCGCGGUGCAUUGUGGGAAGGGGAGGUACCAGCCGGCCCCCCGCGCUGUAUUGUGGGAAGAUGGCGGCGCCCGUCAGCAGGGCUCUGUCCGGCGCCGCGCGUCGAUGGAGCUGCGGAGCUUUCGGCGUCCGCGGCUGCCGUCGGGGACUCUCCAGCUCGGCGGCGCCAGCGGCCGCCGGGUCGCGGUGGAGGCUGCUGGGGGCGCUGUGCUUGCAGAGGCCGCCCAGGGUGACGCAGGCGGCGACCCCUUUCGAGGAGGACAUGGCCGAGCUGGUGGAGCAGAUGGACAUGGAGAAGAGCUUGUAUUCGGACCAUGAGAUCCGCUGCCUGGAGGAAGAGGAGCGCCUGCAGCGAAGGAAAGAGAAGUACGAGGAUGACGACGGCGGGAAAGAGAUCAUGCUGGCCCAGGAUUUGGAAGACGCGUGGGAGCAGAAGUUGCGCAAGUUCAGCCCUGCCCCACGGAUCACAGACGCCGAUAGGGACGGUGACCCGACAUCUUUGAAUAGGAAACUAGACCGGAAUCUGCUGCUAUUGGUGAAGCAGAAAGUUGGCAACAAAGAGAUCUGGCUGUUGCCCCAAGCGGAGUGGCAGGACGGGGAGACCCUGCGAGCCACAGCGCAACGAGCCCUGGUUGCUUUGACAGGAAGCCACUGGGAGACCAAGUUCCUGGGGAACGCGCCGUGCGGUUUUUACAAGUACAAGUUUCCCCGAGUGGUCCAGACGGAGGCCAGCGUGGGGGCCAAGGUGUUUUUCUUCAAAGCCCUCCUCCAGCAAGGCCAGCCACCUGUGCCCAAGGGGAAACUGGAUCAUGUUUGGGUCAGUAAAGAGGAGCUGGCGGACUACUUGAAACCUGAAUACCACGCCCAGGUUGCUCGGUUUUUUGUGGACGUGUGA